GAAUUGAACAGUACUUUAUUGGUUAGCUUAACUAUACACACACUAUAUUAUUCUAUUUGUAAUCAAUCACGACGCUAAUCUUGAUAAUUGAAAUAUUUAUUUUAUAAAGUUUUUAUUAAUGUGAAUAAUAAACAUGAAACGAUAAAAACUCGCAGGAAAAAGUAUUUUCAUUCAAAUAUAAGUGAUUGUAUAUUUGUAAUUUCAUUCAAAUUGUAAGUAAAAACUAUUUCAAAAUUUCAAAGAUUCAAUAAAUCGUUAAAAAAAUUAUUAUGGAAGAAAUUGUAUUAACUCCUGUAAAAAAAUCUACGAAAAGAGAGAAAGCAUCGGUUGGUGCUUUAAUUCAUAGAACACCUUUAAAACAACAAAAUGGAUCAAAACUUUUUCAAGAAAAUAAAGAAUCACUAGCUAUUCUUUCAAAUCAUUUUACUCCGCCAUCUAGAGUAACAAAAUUUAUUGCUUCAAAUCCCUUUGAUGUUGAAUUGACGAAUCGAUUACAUUUAUCUGUAAUUAGUCCAACGAUCUUCAAAAAGGUUUCACCGAAAGCUCAAGAUUCUCCUCUUACAUGGACCAUUGAUGAGUUAGCACGGUUACAACCUGUCAAAAUUGAAGAGUGUCCAGUUCAACAAGUACAUUACACUGAUCCUGAAUUAGAAUCAAAAGCUCAAGAAGCUAUAAAUAAAUUCUUUUAUGAAAAUCAGAUUCAUCCUAGCCCAUGGAAUAAUAAGAGGGAACCAUUGAAGCCAUUAAUAACAAUAACUCCGAAAAAUUUGAGUUCUGUAUUAGAUACAACGCCUGAAAUCGAAAAAAAGACAAAAAACUGUUGGACUCAAACAACAUUAUCUUUUCCACCAAAUCUUCCGGAUCAUGUAAAAGAAAUAUUGGAACCGUAUUUUAAUUUUAAUCAAGAUCAGCAACAACAAACUGACGAUAGUGCUGAUGAAAGUAGCUCUAGUAAUAGUUCAUUCCGAAGGAAAUUAUUUAAUCAUGACGAAUCUGUAGAUGAUGAUAGUAAUUGUUCUUUAAUUUUAUCGCCGAUUAAAUCGAAUGUUAGUCCACUUCGAUGUGGCAUGCUGGUUCAUUGUACUCCUCAAAAGAGAUUCCCAUUAAAUAUGCAAAGAUCUUAUGACACGCCUAUUAAAAAGUCAGAUAGGUUAUUAUCAACACCUAAUAUGUCACCAAUCAAUAUGUCAUCAGAAAAUAUGUCAUGUCACAGCAUUCAGUCUCGAGGUCGGCUAGCUAUGCAAUUAGAUUUUAAUGGGCACAUGAGUAUAGAUAUGUCUAUUUCUGAAGAAAAAGAAUCUGACUUCAAAAUCGCUGAUGCUUCUGAUAACGAGAAUGAAAUAAUUGAUGAAAUAAAAAAUGAAAACUCAUUUAACAAUAAAAAUGAAACAGUUGAGAUGAUUUCUCUUUCAAGAGAAGUCAUGCCUCUUCAAGAUUGUACGAACAAAAAUAAUAGUGUGGCAACAAAAUUAAAAAAUACAGGCGAUUGGUAUAUGAGUUAUUCAAAUGAAAGUUAUAAAUUACAACGGAAUAUAACAUCAGCUGGACACAAUGAAAAUAGUAGUGUCUUUGCUGUAACACAAGAUACUGGAUAUCAAACUUAUAGUAUACAUAAUAACACUAGUAAUAUACAUAAUCGUAGUACAACGCCAUUGAAAAAAGCUCAUUACCAUCAUGAUUUUGAUAAUGGCAUGACUCCUAUAAGUGAAAUAAAAUUAUCUGACUGGCAAAAAAAUAUUGAAUCUAUGUUUAGUUCAACGCCUUCUAAAUCUGUACAGAAGAGAGCCAAUUUUUUAUAAAUCUAAGAUGUUUAUAGAGAUAAAUUUUUUUAUAACGACGUUCAUACAACUAAAAGUAUUUGUAAAAAAAAAAAUU